AUGGCUGACAACUCGCGGCAACCGAAUUUGAACUUGACUCCCGAAGAGAAGCGAGUCUUCUACCAGCUCUUUCAAGCUGCCGAUACAACAAACCUUGGCGUUAUUACAGGCGAGAUCGCUGUCCCAUUCUUCGAGAAAACCAAGCUUCCCCCGGAAACCCUCGGAUUGAUAUGGCAAAUAGCGGAUAAGGAGAACAGGGGGCUUUUGACUCCCUCUGGGUUUGGCAUCGUGAUGCGGCUGAUAGGACACGCUCAGGCUGGUCGCGCACCCACAGAUGAACUGGCAUUACAACUUGAUGCCGCUGCGCCUUCUCCGCGCGAUGCUGGCGCAAGCAGUCCGCAGCCAGCCCCGGGGCCCAUUCGAGUCCCACCUCUGAACCCCGAGGAUGUUAACAAGUUCGUUUCAUUGUUUGAGAAGUCUGACGUUACCAGAAGCGGAACUAUAUCUGGCGAAACCGCGAAACAGAUCUUCGAACGCGCAAGACUCCCGAAUGAGAUCCUGGGCCGGAUAUGGAAUCUGGCGGACACCAAACAACGCGGAGUACUCGAUACGACGGAGUUCAUCAUCGCCAUGCACUUGCUAACUUCGUUUAAAUCUGGUAUUAUGAGAGGAAUUCCUCAAGUCCUGCCACCGGGUUUGUACGAAGCAGCUGCUCGACGAGGUGCUAGCCGCCCUUCCUUCAGUGGCCCAAGGCCUGGACUUGAUGUUCCUCCUGUACCGGCAAUCCCCAAACAAUUCACAGGACCUCAACGGACCCAAAGCCCCAUCAAUAGGCAACAGUUUGGGACCCCUCUUUCAACACAAUCGACUGGUGGCGACUGGCUUAUUUCUCCGCAGGAGAAACUCCAGUUUGACAACUACUUCAAUACUGUCGAUACGACGAAAUCUGGGGUUAUAAGCGGCGAUCAAGCUGUAGCGUUCUUUACGAAGGCGCAGCUACCCGAGGAGACCUUGGCGCAGAUUUGGGAUCUUGCGGAUAUUGAUGCUGAUGGCCAGUUAACGAGGGAUGAGUUUGCCGUUGCCAUGUAUUUGAUUCGCCAGCAAUUCACCAACAAGGGCCCCCUACCGCAGACUUUACCACCCGCUUUGAUACCCCCAAGUAUGCGCCGACCCAGUUCCACGCACGCAGCGCCGGUCCCUGCUCCAGUUGCAGCUUCGUCCCACCCUCCUGCUCCGGUUCACACCGCUGCAGAUGACCUAUUUGGACUCGAUCCAUUUGCAACAGGUCCUGCACCCUCGGCUCCGGCUCCUGUUCCUGCUCAAGUUCCACAGUCCACGGGCAACUCAAAUUCACCUUUCGCAACUCCGAGCUCACCAACCCGCCAAACGUCUCCACCGGGCAGCGCAACAGCCUUCAAACCUUUCAUCCCCACAUCAACGUUCGGACAAAGCCUGCAGCCGCAGGCAACUGGUGCAUCAUCCGUUCCUUCCACAGCUAAAUCUCCUCAACCCUCCGAUGACCUUCUCGGGGACAAUGAUCCUGAAGAAUCUAACAAGUUGACGCAAGAAACUACCGAGCUUGCCAACUUAUCCAAUCAGAUCGGCUCCCUUGCGAAUGAGAUGCAAAACGUCCAGACAAAACGAAGUGCUACCGAGCAGGAGCUAUCCCAGACCUCUCAGCAAAAACGUGAUUUUGAAUCUCGUCUUGCGCAAGCUCGCGCAAUGUACGAACAGGAGGUCAAGCAUUUCAAAGAGUUGGAGGAACGCCUGAGAACCUCGAAAGCUGAGACGACCAAACUGCAGCAGGAGUACGCUUUGAUUGACGGCAGUAGACAGGAUCUUCAGAACCAGUACAACCAGGUGUCUGCGGAUCUUGCGGCUGAUCAACAGGAAAAUGCAAGCCUGAAGGAGAAAAUCCGGGAAGCUAAUGCGGCAGUGGCUCAGUUGAAGCCUGCAUUGGAGAAGAUCCGUUCCGAGGCACGGCAACAGAAGGGCUUGGCAGCAAUUAAUAAGAAGCAACUGGCUACCGUAGAGGGAGAAAGGGAUAAGAUUCAAGAAGAACUUGGCGAGUUGUCGAAGGAGCAAACAGUGGAGCCCGAGGGGGUUGUGUCCCCUGUCAGCAACCCUCCUAGAGUGGCAAGCCCGGCUACCUCUACAACUAGCCAGCAAACUAAUCCCUUCUUCAAACGCACGAUGACUGGCUCGAGUGAGAGCAAUAACGUUACUUCUCCUCAGAUUUCGAACGACCAGCAACGUGCUUUUGAUAAUCUCUUUGGCCCUUCCUUCGGCGCUGCUCCAGCAACGGCUGCGACUCCUCCUCCUCCGACUUCGUUCCGUGCCGAUUCUCGAACGGACUCAGUAAGGUCUCCGUCCGGCUCUGGAGUUCCAACCCCUUCAAUAUCUCCUCCUCCAUCCUCGGCUGGUGCGUUCGGCUCGGAACCACCACCUCCGGCUCUAUCUAGGCAGAUGACCCCGAAUGCUCUUCCAUUGACUGGAACGCUCUCUGAGACCACUUCCACCAAGGUUUCUCCACCAAUUAGUCGAUUCGGUACCCAAGAAGCAUCUAGCGUCGGAACUCCAUCUCAAGCCGAGGGCAGUGACGCUCGCCCCACUUCUGCCUCUCCAUUCGAUGAGACUGAGGAUUCCAAGGAGCGAUUUCCCACAGUGCCUGGCGCCUUUGAGACCCCUUCGGGAACCACUACGUCUCAAGGUAGUGAGGAGAAACCAGCUGACACAAAGGAUCCAAGCUUUGACGAACUGUUUGGCGGACCGGCUCAUCAGCGGUCUAAAUCACAGCAAAAUAAUGACUUCGAAGAGGCUUUUGCUGCCAUGAAGGCACCUAACGCGGCAAAUACCCAAGGAGCGCCAGAGUCUGAGUUCCCGCCUAUCCGUGAGAUUGAUGAUGACGACGAUGAUAGCACAGAUAGUGAAACACAGUUGGGUUUUGACGAUAACUUUACGCCUGUCUUCCCUCAGAGUCAUGCAGUCUCGAAAUCAGAUCAGAUCGAGCCAUCGCAACUUGAUGCUUUCCCGGCUCCGGGGGCAUCAAGUACCCCGACUGGGCCUCCUCCUGCUGCGGAAGCGCAACCCAGUCCUCCAAAGUAUGAUGAAGACGCUGAAAAACAAGCUUCAGGAAACAUUCCUCCAGAGUUUGGUGGCUUGCUUCCCGGAAGGGCCGACCCAACUCUUCCCCCAGACGCUCCUCAUUCAAUAGAGACUACAACCGGAGCGCCUAUUGUCGGCGGAGAGGCUCAGAAUAACGUGACAAAAGCAGCGCCACCUGCUCAAGCCCCAAACGGAGGCAAGGCGCCUGAUUUCGAGGCCGCCUUCUCAGGAUUGAACCUUGCGCCCGCAAAGGAGGCAGAUGACGAUGAUGAUGAUGACGACUUCCCUCAGUCUGAAGGCAAACCUAACAUGGAUUUUGAUUUCUCGUUUGAUUCCGGAGCUUCCCAGCAUGAGAAGGCUGCCGCUCCUACCAGCACAUCUGGAACUGCGAGCUCCGAUUUCUUCAGCUUCGAUCAGAAUGCCCAUGCUUCCGCGUCCUCUGGCCCAGUAAACCCCAACGCGAAAUCCGAAGAUCACGAUUGGGACGCUCUCUUUGCACCGCUGGAUAAUAUGAAAUCACCAGGCACAGAGGCGACAAACGCAACUGCCCCUUCAACCUCUUCCCCCAGCUCGAAGCAACCUGGUUGGGCCCUUCAGACUGACACACAGGAUGAUCCCAACCUCCAGCGCCUUACAGGAAUGGGCUUCCCCAGGGACGCCUCCCUUGCAGCCCUGGAACAGUUCGACUACAAUAUUGACAAGGCCAUCGACCAUCUCACGUCCAAAUCGUAA